AUGCUGCUUCCUGGUACUGCAUCACCCAGGACACAGGGUCACUGUGCUGCUUCCUGGUACUGCAUCACCCAGGGUCAGGACACAGGGUUACUAUGCUGCUUCCUGGUACUGCAUCACCCAGUACAGAGUCACUGUGUUGCUUCCUGGUACUGCAUCACCCAGUAUAGGGUCACUGUGCUGCUUCCUGGUACGGCAUCACCCAGGCCACAGGGUUACUGUGCUGCUUCCUGGUACUGCAUCACCCAGUACAGGGUCACUGUGCUGCUUCCUGGUACUGCAUCAUCCAGGCCACAGGGUCACUGUGUUGCUUCCUGGUACUGCAUCACCCAGUACAGGGUUACUGUGCUGCUUCCUGGUACUGCAUCACCCAGUACAGGGUCACUGUGCUGCUUCCUGGUACUGCAUCAUCCAGGCCACAGGGUCACUGUGUUGCUUCCUGGUACUGCAUCACCCAGUACAGGGUCCCUAUGUUGCUUCCUGGGACUGCAUCAUCCAGGACACAGGGUCACUGUGUGAGAAUCAGAGAUGUGUACUUACACCUCUCUCAUGCUGCAAACAGCAGAUCACACUGCAUUUAUUGUGUGUGUUUGUGUCUGCCCAGUAAUAGCUGACUACUAGGGCUGGCACAGUAAUUUUAUAAUCGUGUAACUUAUGAUUAUGGAUGAAGACCCUCAUGAAAAUAAAAUAACUGUAUAAACCGUUUUAAUAUGGACAAAACACCCCGUUCAAAGUAGGGUUGCACGAUAUUGGAAAUAACUGACAUUGCGAUAUUUUGUUUUUCUGCGAUUAUAUAUUGCGAUAUGAAAAAAUACGGGAUGUAUGUAUGAUCCUCUGGGAAAAAUGCAGUUUGCAAACAGCGACUUUUCAGGUGGAAGUCCUCAUUAAUAAAGUGUACGGUCAGACUUAUGUAGGGCUCCGUUGUCCGGCUGGACCACAAGUCCGUUGUUGCUGUAUAAUAUUCCACUUGUGACAGCUCUGUUUCAACUUGUGCCUUGCAUUUCCCGUACAACUCUGGGAUGGCAACUUGAGAAAAAUAGUUGCGUGAUGGCAUUACAUACCGCUUGUCACGCGACCGGAUCAUGUUUUUAAAACCCUCUUUGGUAACCGUGUUAAUUGGUACCAUGUCUUUGGCGACGUGAAAUGUUAUUGAAUCUGUGAUUUCUCUCUGCUGUUUGGAACCUUUCUCGUAUGGUGUAAUACUGGCAAAGGUUUUUGCUUUGGAGGGCAUUGAGAUGCUUUGCACUCGUCAUACGAAGAUUUGUGGUGCCGCCUUAAAUGAUCGAACAAAUUGGUCGUGUUGCCUCGUGUUGUGGCAACAAUUGCAAGGCACUCUCGACAAAGUACCUGUUUUUGGUCAACAUCAUCCUAUCUGUAGCCGAAAUAUUUCCAUAUAAUUGACGAUGCAUUUCUUUUUGCAACUAAAUUCUCAAUUUCAGUCUUUUUUGCCUGUUCCUCGCUCAUCAUUUCGUCACGCGCAAGCAGAGCCUGCAUGGCAACCACGUGCAGCAACCAACUCCGUGUUUUAAAAUAAUAAUAAUAAUAAUAAUAAUAAUAACAAACUGUGUAUCCAAUAACCCAUACAUCUGAGUUAGUUACGUUAAAUCAGACAGAUAUAAUGCUAGUUUAACGUUUUAAAAAUAUAUAUAUUGUAGACUGAUAUAUGUUUACCUUACUAAAUCGCACGAUGCAUACAUCGCAAUGUCGAUGCUGAAACGAUAUAUCGUGCAGCCCUAGUUCAAAGGGACUUAAAUAUUUUGUCUUGCCCAUUCACCCUCUGAAAGGCACACAUACACAAUCCAUGUGUCAAUUGUCUCAAGGCUUAAAAAUCCAUCUUUAACCCGUCUCCUCCCCUUCAUCUACACUGAUUGAAGUGGAUUUAACAAGUGACAUCAAUAAGGGAUCAUAGCUUUCACCUGGAUUCACCUGGUCAGUCUAUGUAAUGGAAAGAGCAGGUGUUCAUAAUGUUUUUUACACUCAGUGCAUAUUUAUUUUGUCAAAUUCAUUUUCAAGUCGACAAACUUUAAGUAAAAGUAAGCCUGGUUCACAUCUAACAGCCAAAAUAAAGAGAAACAGAGGAGACAAAACCAGCCAAUUUUAGAUGUUUUUGUUGUUGAACAAAUAGCUGACUGAAGACGGCCAGGCAUUCAAAAAGAUGAGAUGAGCACGAGUCCCAUUGCUGCGGGCUCUUUACAACGUGAUGAAAUGUUGUUGCUCCUUGUUUCAGCAAGGUAUUGUAACCAUGGAAAUAAUAAACGUAUUCUAUUUCUAUAGUUGUAGCAAUCAUCAAAUACAAAUCACAUUUUAUUGGUUUCAUACACAUAUUUAGCAGAUAUUAUUGCGGGUGUAGCGAAAUGCUUGUGUUCCUAGUUCCAACAGUAAAUCUUGGUAACCUGGUUCCCGCUAUUAAACCCUAUGGUAGCUGUCCUAGCUAUACUGUAGCUAGUGCUGUAUCUACAGUAUCUACAGUAAUCCACAUUUUAGUAGCCACAGUAAUCCACAUUUCAGUAUUUACAGUAAUCCACAUUUCAGUAUCCACAGUAGCCACAAUAAUCCACAUUUUAGUAGCCACAGUAUCCAUACUUUAUAAAGGUCUGGUCACGAUGGAAGGCUAUACAGUGAGGCAGCGCUAACACUUGUAGUUUCAGCAGUCAGCUUUAAUACAGCUGGUUAACACUGACUGAUGAGGUUAUGUCUGCACUGUUGUUUGAAAGUCUAGCUAGCAUGAUUUUAAUGAAUGAUUGAUGGGAGAGAUCAAUCAGGUCGGGUAAAACACUAACAAACAAAGUCCAGUCAAGCUAUCAUUAGUCAUCUCACAAAUCAAAUGCCCCACCCAAAUAUCCAACCAAAGAAACAUCACACAUCGAACCAAAAUUAUCUCAAAUAUACCACAAGAUAUACAAGAUAUCAUCACAUUAACUUAUACUGAACAAAAAUAUAAACGCAACAUAUAAAGUGUUGGUCCCAUGUUUCAUGAGCUGAAAUAAAAGAUCCCAGAAAUGUUCCAUAUGCACAAAAAACUUAUUUUUCUCAAAUGUUUCUCUCAAUUUGUUUACAUCUCUGUUAGUGAGCAGUUCUCCUUUGCCAAGAUAAAUCCUCCACCUGACAGGUGUGGCAUUUCAAGAAGCUGAUUAAACAGCAUGAACAUUACACCGGUGCACCUUGUGCUGGGGACAAUAAAAGGCCACUCUAAAAUGUGCAGUUUUGUCACACAACACAAUGCCACAGAUGUCUCAAGUUUUGAGGAAUGUCCACCAGAGCUGUUGCCAGAGAAUUCAAGGUUAAUUUCUCUUCCAUAAGCCGCCUCCAAUGUCGUUUUAGAGAAUUUGGCAGUACGUCCAACCGGACUCUCAACCGCAGACCACGUGUAACCACGCCAGCCCAGAACCUCCACAUCCGGCUUCUUCACCUGCGGGAUGGUCUGAGACCAGCCAUCCAGACAGCUGAUGAAACUGUGGGUUUGCACAACCGAAGGAUUUCUGCACAAACUGUCAGAAACCGUCUCAGGGAAACUCACGUGCGUGCUCGUCGUCCUCAUCAGGGUCUUGACCUGACUGCAUUGUAACCGACUUCAGUGGGCAAAUGCUCACCUUCGAUGGCCACUGGCAUGCUGGAGAAGUGUGCUGUUCACCAAUUUAAUCCUGGUUUCAACAGUACCGGGCAGAUGGCACAGCGUGUAUGGCGUCGUGUGGACGAGCGGUUUGCUGAUGUCAACGUUGUGGACAGAGUGCCCCAUGGUGGCGGUGGGGCAGGCAGGCAUAAGCAACGAACACAAUAGGCUCUAUGCACGCAUCACUUCCGCAUUGGCGUAAGGAUGCUUGGGCAUUUCCGGUUACCGGGAAAAAACAUUAGACAGUGACAGUAGACCGUUAUGAUGGCAGAGAUGACGUUUACAAGGUGUUUGCUGGAGUUACCUAAAGUAUCUGUUAAUGAUAUACGGAGGGUUGUCCGGACAUCCAGUACGACACCACGUAGCAAACUGGAUAAAGGCUUCAAAUUUUACGUUUCUUCUUUUCUAUGCAACUUUGAAGGUAAUAUGCUAACGCUAGCUAGCCUGAGCUAGAAGCCUUGCUUUGGUGUUUUAAGUCAAGACUCCGUACUGCUUCAGGUUAAUCAAGCUUUAAAUAAAGUUUAAUAAUGUGUAUAUACCUCUCACUUCAUGUGUUUGUACUUUUAUGAAAGUAUCAGGUAAAAACAGGGCUACAAAUGAGAUCUCUGUGAGAGCCCACUGCUACCGCUCAAUGAAGAAACUAAAGCCACCACACCAGCUGAGAGUAGGACUAGAUUAAGUGACACGUUCAAAGUUCUGUUGAACUUGUUCAAGGUUCCGUUCAACACAUGUUUUACUCGUUUAAUGUUACCACAGCUUUGAUUGCCAUUGCUAAGAGAACACUUUAGAACUUUAGUGGUUUUCACGAUAGCUGAACAGUGGUAGCCUAAUACAGACCAGGGUAGCUGAGUGGGAAUUGCCAUGCUUUGUUGUUGGGUCUGUUGUAAACAAAUUGGAGUUUGGUUUGAAAUGUAAACAAUGAGAUUACUACUUUUUCCUGACUUGAUGACUGCAAUGACAGUAACAUAUUCCACUCAGCUAUUCUUCAAACUGGUGAUGUUCUACUCAAAACUGUCCUGUCAUCUUUACUUCUUUUUUUUUUCUUUUUUUUUCUUCUUUUUUUUUCGGGGGGAUGGAUCAGCUUAAUAUUGCAGAUAGAUUGUAUCUUCUAUCAAUGUAAUUGUCUGCAUCACUUCCAAUCCCCCAUGUUUAUUUUUAUUUUUUAUAUAUAUAUUCCCCUUUAUUACUUUUCAACCCCACCAUCCUUUCCCUACUUGGAGUAAAUUAGUGAACAACAACGCCCAGGCCUCUACUUCCGGUCUAUACUUACUAUCUACACCUUAUGGACAGAGUUAAUUUUACAAUAAUUCUAUAUAUAUAUAUAUAUAUAUAUAUAUAUAUAUAUAUAUAUAUAUAUAUAUAUAUAUUUUUUUUUUUUUUUUUUUUUUUUUUUUUUUUGCUCCUGAACCUCUUCUACUCUCAACCUCUCUGAUCAUUUUCAUGAUGUCCAUCCAGUUUGCUUCUAAAUGCCAUAUCUUUCUAACUGUGCUCUUUCCCAAAAGCUCCCAACAUACAACCUAUAUACUUAUUAUGGACACAGUAUGCUUACAUUAUUAGCUAUCUUUGUUAUUAUUUGUUGUUAUUUGUUAUUAGUCCCAUCCUUCAACUCUAUUCAAUACCUCCCAUCUAUCUCUUAACACCAUCCAUAUAGGAUUUCUAUUUGCCAUAUAUAUUUCAACCGUACUGUGAUGUUUUACAAAAGUUCUGAACCUUUCUAUUCUCAUUGCUUCUACAGAUUGUAAAUUAAAAAUAAACAUUUUUGCUAAAAGUAUUAUUAUAUUAUUGAUUGAUUGACUAUGACUUUUCAGAUCACCCAGUAAUGCUAUCUGCAAGGUUAGUUCCAGGUAAAUAUUGCAAUCCUUUAGCCAUUCCUGGACCUGUGUCCAAAAACAAGCUACAAAUGGACAGAACCAAAACAAAUGAUCUAAUGAUUCUAUCUCUUCACAGCAAAAUCUGCAGAGCUGGGAAGAUUGUAUCCCCCAUAUAAAUAACAUUUUAUUAGUAGCAAGAAUUUUAUAUAAUAAUUUAAAUUGAAAGAUUCUAAUUUUUGAAUCCGGUGUCGUUUUGCGUGUCAGUUCAUAAACACUAUGCCAUGGGAUCGGUACGUCAAAGAUCUCUUCCCAACUAUUUUGCAAUCUAUAUGGGACGGCUGUCAAUCCUUUGGUCCUUAAGUGAAACUGAUAUACUUUUUUAUUUAUCACAGUUUUCCUUAACCAAUUAUGUUCUUUAAAGCAAGGCCGACAGACAAGUUCCUUACUUUCUCCCCCUUCAACUUUCCUCUUCCACUUUUGCGGUAAGGCUGCAAUUAUUUGGUUGUAAUUUUGGAUAGAGCAGACAUUUCCAUAUGUUUUUGUUAGCUGCAUGUGCGACAUAACUCCACCAGUCCUACCGAUGAUAUCAUUUACGAAGAUUAUACCUUUUUUAAACAUUCUGUCAGAAAAUAAAGGUUUUUUGUCAAUUAGUAUAUUUGAAUUUAACCACAAUAUUUGUUGCAUUAUUUGUUCUGUCGUUUCUGGAGGAUUAAAUUGAAAUUGCAACCAACUAUGGCUUGUUUUAGAAAUAGUGACAUUUGGGAGAUUAUUUCCUUUUCAAAUAACUGAAAGUGAGAGGUUGUAAUCUGAAUAAAGGGAAAAAGGCCUUUCUUGAACAGUGGGUGAGACAAUCUUACUAAUUUGCUUGAGAACCAGUUCGGAUUUAAGUAUAACUUUUGGAUGACUGAAGAUUUUAGUGAUAGGUCUAAUGCUUUAAUAUGCAACCAACUAUGGCUUGUUUUAGAAAUAGUGACAUUUGGGAGAUUAUUUCCUUUUCAAAUAACUGAAAGUGAGAGGUUGUAAUCUGAAUAAAGGGAAAAAAGGCCUUUCUUGAACAGUGGGUGAGACAAUCUUACUAAUUUGCUUGAGAACCAGUUCGGAUUUAAGUAUAACUUUUGGAUGACUGAAGAUUUUAGUGAUAGGUCUAAUGCUUUAAUAUUUAAUAAUUUCUGUCCUCCGAAUUCAUAUUCAUUAUAUAAAUAUGCUCUUUUAAUUUUGUCUGGCUUGCCGUUCCAAAUAAAAUUGAAUAUUUUUUUCUCAUAUAAUUUAAAAAACUGUUUGCUAGGCGUAGGCAAGACCAUAAGCAAAUAGGUAAACUGGGAUAAUACUAAAGAGUUAAUCAGGGUGAUUUUUCCACAAAUUGACAGGUAUUUUCCUUUCCAUGGUAGUAAGAUCUUAUCUAUUUUUGCUAACUUUCUAUUAAAAUUUAUUGAAGUGAGAUCAUUUAUUUCCUUUGGGAUAUGUAUUCCGAGUAUAUCCACAUCACCAUCAGACCAUUUUAUUGGUAAACUACAUGGUAAUGUAAAAAUUGUAUUUUUUAGUGAUCCAAUACGUAAUAUAGUACAUUUGUCAUAAUUUGGUUUUAAUCCAGAGAGGUUAGAAAAUGUAUCUAGAUCCUCUAUGAGGCUGUGGAGGGAUUCUAGUUGUGGAUCUAAAAGAAAACAUGAAUCAUCUGCGUACAAUGACACCUUUGUUUUUAAGCCCUGUAUUUCUAAUCCUCUGAUAUUAUUAUUGGAUCUGAUUUUAAUAGCUAACAUCUCGAUGGCCACAAUAAAUAGAUAUGCCGAUAGUGGACAACCUUGUUUCACUCCUCUUGACAGUUUAAAACUUUCUGAGAAAUAGCCAGUAUUUACUAUUUUACACCUAGGGUUACUAUACAUGAUUUUGACCCAUUUUAUAAGAGAUUCUCCAAAAUUGAAAUGCUCCAGGCAUUUAUAUAUAAAUUCCAGUCAAACUUUAUCAAAUGCCUUUUCGAAGUCUGCUAUGAAUAGCAGGCCUGGUUUCCCAUAUUUUCCAUAGUGUUCUAUUGUUUCCAAUACUUGCCUUAUAUUAUCUCCAAUGUAUCUUCCAUGUAAAAAACCUGUCUGAUUAGAAUGAAUAAUAUCCGACAAUACCUUUUUAAUUCUAUGCGCUAUACAUUUUGCUAGGAUUUUUGCAUCACAACACUGAAGUGUAAGGGGCCUCCAAUUUUGUAAAUGGACUGGAUCUUUAUAUUUUCCACUUGUAUCCUGUUUCAGUAAUAAUGAGAUCAGACCUUCUUCUUGAGUGUCAGAUAAUCUACCAUUUACAUAGGAGUGGUUAAAACAUGCUAAUAACGGUCCUCUUAGUAUAUCAAAAAAGGUUUGGUAUACCUCGAUUGGUAUGCCAUCCAACCCUGGAGUUUUCCCGGACUUAAAGUCUUUAAUUGCAUCCAGAAGUUCCUCCUCUGUAAUUUCACCUUCACAUGAGUCUUUCUGUGUGGCUGUUAAUUUGACAUUAUCAAUAGAAAAAAAAUCUCUACAAUUAGCUUCAGUUAGAGGAGAUGGAGGCGACUGAAAAGAAAACAUAUGCUUAAAAUACUUUGUUUCUUCCUUCAAAAUAUCAUUAGGUGAAUUAUGGGUGACUCCGUCAAUUGUAACCAGUUUCAUUAAGUUCUUUUUGGUAGCAUUCCUAUGUUGAAGAUUAAAAAAGAAUUUUGUGCAUUUUUCCCCAUAUUCCAUCCAGUUUGCUUUAUUUUUAUAAUAUAUUACACUUGAUCUUUCUUGAAUAAGUUUUUCCAUUUCUUUUUGUUUUUCCUCUAAUUUAUUCUGAGCCUCUAUGUUACAGUUUUUAUUGCCAUCUAUCUGUUCUGUUAGACUUUCUAUUUCCUUUCUUAGUAUAAACUCUUUUGACCUAAAUUGCUUUUGUUUUCGAGAUGAGUACUGAAUUGCAUGGCCUCUAAAGGCACAUUUAAAGGUGUCCCAUACAAUAAGGGGAUUCGCUGUACCUAUGUUAUGUUGGAAAAAGUCAGUUAUAAAUUCCUUUGUUCUAAUUAUAAAUAAAUUAUCAUCUAAUUAGCUAGUUUUCACGAUAGCUGAACAGUGGUAGCCUAAUACAGACCAGGGUAGCUGAGUGGGAAUUGCCAUGCUUUGUUGUUGGGUCUGUUGUAAACAAAUUGGAGUUUGGUUUGAAAUGUAAACAAUGAGAUCACUACUUUUUCCUGACUUGAUGACUGCAAUGACAGUAACAUAUUCCACUCAGCUAUUCUUCAAACUGCUGAUGUUCUACUCAAAACUGUCCUGUCAUCUUUACUUCUUUCUUUAUAAACAUAUGGCCCAACUUCCUUGCUUUUGUACUUGAUGUUUCUACUUUUCAAGAGGAAUUAGGAGAAAAACCUUCACUCUACUGUUGUUAUUGGUACAAUGUUGCACCACUCACCUACUGCUCUGCCAAUACUGUUUGAAGGUAGGUAAAUGGCACAAGACAAUAGGUAAGUGGUGGGAGACAGUAUAGCCAAGUGGUGCAAGACAGUAGGAAAGUGAUGCAGAAAGCACAAAAGUGACACGAGUUGCUUACACCAGUAAAAAGUAGAAAGAACAAGUUUUGCUCCUGCUGCUGUAGACCCUCGUCUUUCAAAACCCAUUAAAUUAUGCUUCUGUGUAUUUCAGAUGACAUUGCGUGAUUCACAGCCAGUUGUGUUUGUUAAAAGCUACUGUUCCUGUGUGGCUGGGUGUGGGAUAUGCAAUCAUUUGGUUGCAUUACUAUAUCAGACUGCCCAUUACUCUGAAUGUGGCAUGUCUGUCGUCCCUCCUGUACUUUCGUGCACUGAAACAGAGCAGAAAUGGCAUAAACCACGAACAAUGGUUUGUAUCAUUUCAAUACCAGACAGUUGUGUCACAUGCAUACUAGCAUCUCUCCUAAUACCAUCUCAUAAAUAAAUAGGGAGUGAAGCCAGGACCUGUGGAUGCCAUGGUUGUAGUGAAGCCCAAACCAGAUGCUACUCCGGCAAGCAGAAUUAGGUAUGCAGAGUCCAAUUAAAUAGGCAGACUACAAUGUAUUGCGAAAUAAAUGUUAUUAAUCGCUGUUAGAUUCUGGUUUAUUUCCUAGUGAACCCUUUACUUUUCCUGAUAUUGUUAUUCCAGAUCUACACUUUACAAGGGCUACAGCGGUGAGCUACCAGACCCAUCAACCCUCAACCCACUACCUGCCUAUGCUGACAUGGAACCAGACUCUCUUCCCUUUAUCUGCAGAAUGAACAUCACAUCUGACAAACCACUUGUGGACUCCAUUUUUGGCAAGGUACAAACUGGCAGUAUCCUGUCAUAUCAACACUCACCACCUCCACCUGACUUUCGUACGUUUACACGUCAUCGUGUUAUAAGUCAAGACGUAAAAACAUUAACAUAAACAUUAAGAUAAACAACAACAACGACGAAAAUUAACCGUUUCGGAUGUUUUUGACGACAAGCAUUCAAUGCUAGCAUACGGUAGCACAGCAUUCUACGAUAACCGGAAGUUUACAUCCAUCCUGCGAUUUAACCGGAAACACGUCAUGCUCGCCUGUGCAUAUCGCCUAUUGCGUUUUAUCGAUGGUAAUUUGAAUGCACAGAGAUACCGUGACGAGGCCCUGAGGCCCAUUGUCGUGCCAUUAAUCUGCCGCUUUCACCUCAUGUUUCAGCAUGAUAAUGCAUGGCCCCAUGUCGCAAGGAUAUGUACACAAUUCAUGGAUGCUGAAAUUGUCCCAGUUCUUCCAUGGCUUGCAUACUCACCAGACAUGUCACCCAUUGAGCAUGUUUUGGAUGCUCUGGAUUGACAUGUGUGACAGCGUGUUCCAGUUCCCGCCAAUAUCCAGCAACUUUGUACAGUCAUUGAAGAGGAGUGGGACAACAUUCCACAGGCCACAAUCAACAGCCUGAUCAACUCUAUGCUAAGGAGAUGUGUCGUGCUGCAUGAGGCAAAUGGUGGUCACACCAGAUACUGAAUGGAAUUCUGAUCCACGCCCCUACCUUUUUUUAAAGGUAUCUGUGACUAACAGAUUAAUAUAUGUAUUCCCAGUCAUGUGAAAUCUAUAGAUUGGGGCCUAAUGACUUUAUUUUAAUUGACUGAUUUCCUUAUGUGAACUGUAACUCAGUAUGAAAAUGUAUGCCCUCACUAACUGUAAGUCGCUGUGGAUAAGAGCAUCUGCUAAAUGACUAAAAUGUAAAUGUAAAAUGUAAAAUCUUUGAAAUUGUUGCAUGUUUUGUUUAUAUUUUUGUUAAGUGGUAAUAACAGAUCACAUUCACAUCCUGAUGGUAACAUUUUAUCAUCAGUUGUUGACCUCUAGUCAUCAUAACGUCUGCUCCACUUUGACGAAACCUUGUCAGUUAUUUGUCGGGGUUAGACUGGUAGAUAAGGUGAGGGAUUAUGAAAAGACUGGUAUGAAGACUGAUUUUAGAUUUUCUGAAAAUAGAAAAUAAGGAGAAGAAAAAUAAGUAUUUGAAAAUAAUAAUAAUGUUUCAUACCCUACACUACAUACCCUACGUACAACUACAUACACUACAUACCCUACAUACCCUAUGUACCCUACGUACACAACAUACUCUACAUACCCUACAUACCCUAAAUACACUACAUACACUACAUACCCUACAUACACAACGUACCCUACGUACACUGUCACGUUCGUUCAUUAACGAGAAGGACCAAGGCGCAGCGUGAUAUGCAUUCAUAUUUAUUUCCGUACUGAACACACGACAAAAGAACAAACGAAACGUGAAGUCCAAGGUAGACAAAUAACAUACCUUUACGGAACAAGAUCCCACACAGACUGGUGCCAAAAGGCUGCCUAAGUAUGGUCCCCAAUCAGAGACAACGAGCUACAGCUGCCUCUGAUUGGGAACCACCCUGGCCAACAUAGAUCUAAACGAUCUAGAAACUAAACAUAUAAAUAAACACAACACGAAAUAUACACACCCUGACUCAACAAAUAACGGUCCCCUGAGUCAGGGCGUGACAGUACCCCCCCCCCCCAAAUGUGCGGACUCCGACCGCGCCACAUAAACCUAAUAGGGUAGGGGCCGGGUGGGCAUUCCGCCUCGGAGGCGGAUCCGGCUCCGGGUGUAACCACCACUUACUCUCCACCUCCCCGUUGCGCCCCUGGUCUGGUCUGGAACCGCUGACUGGAGCUGGAUCAGGCACCGGUGGAGCGGACUGCUCUGGCUCCGGAGUGGAGCCGCUGACCGGGGCUGGACUGGACCCCGGUGGAGCGGAUUGCUCUGGCUCCGGAGUGGAGCAGCUGACCGGCACGGGCCGUGCCGGACUGGACACACGCACCACUGGCUUGGUGCGGGGAGCAGGAACGGACCGGACCUGGCUGAUGACGCGCACCCCUGGCUUGGUGCGGGGAGCAGGAACGGGCCGGACCGGGCUGACGACGCGCACCACUGGCCUGGUGCGGGGAGCAGGAACGGGCCGGACUGGGCUGACGACGCGCACCCCUGGCUUGGUGCGGGGAGCAGGAACGGGCCGGACUGGGCUGACGACGCGCACCACUGGCUUGGUGCGGGGAGCAGGAACGGGCCGGACUGGGAUGAUGACGCGCACCCCUGGCUUGGUGCGGGGAGCAGGAACGGGCCGGACUGGGCUGACGACGCGCACCCCUGGCUUGGUGCGGGGAGCAGGAACGGGCCGGACUGGGCUGACGACGCGCACACCUGGCUUGGUGCGGGGAGCAGGAACGGGCCGGACUGGGCUGACGACGCGCACCACUGGCUUGGUGCGGGGAGCAGGAACGGGCCGGACUGGGAUGAUGACGCGCACCCUGGCUUGGUGCGGGGAGCAGGAACGGGCCGGACUGGGCUGACGACUCGCACCCCUGGCUUGGUGCGGGGAGCAGGAACGGGCCGGACUGGGCUGACGACGCGCACCACUGGCUUGGUGCGGGGAGCAGGAACGGGUCGGACUGGGCUGACGACGCGCACCACUGGCUUGGUGCGGGGAGCAGGAACGGGCCGGACUGGGCGGGACGACGCGCACCACUGCCUUGGUGCGGGAGCAGGAACGGGCCGGACUGGGCUGGGAACACCCACCACUGGCUUAGUGCGGGAAUCAGGAACGGGCCGGACUGGACUGGCGACCCGCACCACUUGAUUAGUGCGAGGAGCGGGACUGGGUUCCUUCAUUAACCCCCGCUCCUUCUGCUGCCUAACCAGCUCCUCUCGCCGUGCCUCUACACUUUCCUUCUGCUCCCUCUGCACCAAUGACCCCCUUAAUCUGGCGGCCUCCUCUGCUAAACGGCUGAACCGCUCUAUCGUGGCCUCCUGAUGCCUCGUCGUCCACGGCUUGAGCCCCCCCCUAAAAAUUUUUUGGGCUUGUCUCUCCCCCGUGAUCAUGGCCUCCAUCCCUCUUGCCAGACUCUCGCUCAUCUCCUCCCAAGUCCAUCCUCUCUCCUCAUCACGCUGCUUGAUCCAGGAUUGGUGGGAUCUUCUGUCACGUUCGUUCAUUAACGAGAAGGACCAAGGCGCAGCGUGAUAUGCAUUCAUAUUUAUUUCUGUACUGAACACACGACAAAAGUCAGGGCGUGACAGUACACUACAUACCCUACAAACUCUACAUACCCUACAUACUCUACAUACCCUAAAUACACUACAUACUCUACAUACUCUACAUACCCUAAAUACACUACAUACACUACAUACCCUACAUACACUACAUACCCUAAAUACACUACAUACACUACACACACUACAUACCCUACAUACGCUACAUACCCUACAUACACUACAUACACUACAUACCCUACAUACCCUACGUACACUACAUACCCUAUGUACCCUACGUACACUACAUACCCUACAUACUCUACAUACCCUACAUACUCUACGUAUGAUGAUGUGCAAAUAGAGAUACUGGGGUGCAAAUGAGCAAAAUAAAUAACAAUAUGGGGAUGAGGUAGUUGGGUGGGCUAAUUUCAGAUGGGCUGUUUACAGGUGCAGUGAUCGGUAAGGUGCUCUGACAACUGAUGCUUAAAGUUAGUGAGGGAGAUAAAAGUCUCCAGCUUCAGAGAUUUUUGCAAUUCGUUCCAGUCAUUGGCAGCAGAGAACUGGAAGGAAUGGCGGCCAAAGGAGGUGUUGGCUUUGGGGAUGACCAGUGAGAUAUACCUGCUGGAGCGCAUACUACAGGUGGGUGUUGCUAUGGUGACCAAUGAGCUAAGAUAAGGCGUGGGAUUUGCCUAGCAGUGAUUUAUAGAUGGCCUGGAGCCAGUGGGUUUGGCGACGAAUAUGUAGUGAGGACCAGCCAACAAGAGCGUACAGGUCACAGUGGUGGGUAGUAUAUGGGGCUUUGGUGACAAAACGGAUGGCACUGUGAUAGACUACAUCCAAUUUGCUGAGUAGAGUGUUGGAGGCUAUUUUGUAAAUGACAUCGCCGAAGUCAAGGAUCGGUAGGAUAGACCGUUUUACGAGUGCAUGUUUGGCAGCAUGAGUGAAGGAGGCUUUGUUGCGAAAUAGGAAGCCGAUUCUAGAUUUACCUUUGGAUUGGAGAUGCUUAAUGUGAGUCUGGAAGGAGAGUUUACAGUCUAACCAGACACCUAGGUAUUUGUAGUUGUCCACAUACUCUAGGUCCGACCCAUCGAGAGUAGUGAUUCUAGUCGGGUGGGCGGGUGCCAGCAGCAUUCGAUUGAAGAGCAUGCAUUUAGUUUUACUAGUGUUUAAGAGCAGUUGGAGGCUACUGAAGGAGUGUUGUAUGGCAUUGAAGCUCGUUUGUUUUUGUGCUGGUCAAUGGCAGUCAAGUCGGAGGAGAACCAGGGGCUAUAUCUGUUCUUAGUUCUGUAUUUUUUGAAUGGGGCAUGUUUAUUUAAGAUUGAGAGGAAAUUACUUUUAAAGAACAACCAGGCAUCCUCUACUGACGGAAUGGGGUCGAUAUCCAUCCAGGAUACCUGGGCCAGGUCAAUUAGGAAGGCCUGCUCGCUAAAGUGUUUUAGGGAGCGUUUGACAGUGAUGAGGGGUGGUCGUUUGACCGCUGACCCGUUACAGACGAAGGCAAUAAGGCAGUGAUCGCUGAGAUCCUGGUUGAAGACAGCGGAGGUGUAUUUAGAGGGUAAGUUAGUCAGGAUGAUAUCUAUUAGGGUGCCAUGUUUACGGAUUAUGGAGAUUGCAUGGCUGUAUGCCCGAUUUUAUACACCUGUCAGCAACUGGUGUGGCUGAAAUAGCCAAAUCCACUAAUUUGAAGGGGUGUCCACAUACUUUUGUAUAUAUAUAUAUAUAUAUAUAGUGUAUGUGCAAAGGGAAUUUAUUUGAGAAUAAAAUCACCAGCUCUCUACACUGUUAAAUGUAUCCCAAGAUAAACCAUUGUGGUUAUAACAUUUUGAAGGUUUCACUAGCACUGACCUUGGUGCUGGUAUGUUCUUCUUGAUGGGACAUUUACUACCACUGUUAUUGACUGUUAGAAGAUCGAGCCUUCAGUCACAGUCCCACUAGGGAUGCAUCCCAAAUGGCACCCUAUUCCCUACAUAGUGUGCUACUUUUGGCCAGGGCCCAUAGGAAACAGAAUAACAUUAACAACAAUGAGGACACAGAGAGAAGGACAGCAUUACUUAAAACCAUGAUUUCCUAGAGAACCAAAACCAAAUGCUUUCCUAGAAAACCAAAGCCACAGAGGAGUCCCAAACCUCCACAUCACUCCUUUCUUCAGAAGUAUCUUAUUAUGUUGUGACAUGUAAGAUAAGUGUCUACCCCCUGUCUCUGUAGCUCUCUGUCUGUCUCUGUAGCACACUGUCUCUCUCUGUAGCUCUGUCGCUCUCUGUAGCUCUCUGUCUCGCUCUGUAGCUCUCUGUCUCUCUCUGUAGAUCUCUGUCUCUCUAUGUAGCUCUCUCUCUCUGUAGCUCUCUGUAGCUCUCUCUCUGUAGCUCUCUGUAGCGCUCUGUCUCUCUCUGUAGCUCUCUGUCUCUCUCUGUAGCUCUCUGUCUGUCUCUGUAGCCCUCUGUCUGUCUCUGUAGCUCUCUGUCUGUCUCUGUAGUUCUCUGUCUGUCUCUCUCUGUCUCUCACCAGAGCCUGGAUGUGUGCUGCUGAGUCAUUCUGUGUUGAACAGAGAACAAGGGAUGGAGAGGGAGACAGAGGGAGAGAGGGAUGGAAAGAGACAGGGGGAUAGGGAUGUAGAGAGAGAGAGAGAGACUUGGGGGAUUAAAGAUUUUAUAUUUUGAUCUUCUCACCUGCUAUUUUGUAUAAUGCUAAUAUACUGGCCUCUACCUGCUAUUCUGUAUAAUGCUGAUAUACUGGUCUCUACCUGCUAUGCUACCUAUCCUCAGUGUCAGCUCCUCUGAGCUCUCCUCCUACGUACAGUACUGUACACUCCCAAUGAUAUAGCUAGCUAGCUGUUCUCCUACUCCUAACCCCGGCCCCUGGUCUCCAAGUUCAGCAUAACCUGUAACAUCAUCAUCACCAGCCAUUCAGGUAGCUAGACUCCUGUUGCUUCAGUCUCUCUCUCUCUCUCUCUCUCUCUCUCUCUCUCUCUCUCUCUCUCUCUCUCUCUCUCUCACCCAGACAGACAGCUGACUUAAGGAAAGGAAUCACUUGGCAGUGCAGUGUACAGGUGACCAUUUCUCUAUUGACAGAAGAUGAGUCAUUCUUGCAGGAUUCUAUAGCUCUCAGAAACCAAGGAGGAAGACGAUAUGCUUCUUUCUCUUUUCUCUCUUUUUUCCCUUCAGCUUUCUGUGUGGUAGCCGUGGCGAUCUGCUGCUGCUGUAACCAUGUUUAGGAACAGCUUGAAGAUGCUGCUGACGGGCGGCAAGGCCAACCGCAAGAACCGCAACGGCAGCAGAGGUGAGUCUGACCCCUGACUUUUAACCUGUGAUCUCCGUAAAGAAUUAUUAACAACAUGCCUGUCAGAAGAACACAGCGGCUGUUCAUGGAAAGGUCAUCGGGGUCAUACUGUGUCAGACACCAAUAGCCUUCCAUUGGGUUUCAGUAGUAGUGCUCAAAACCCCACCUGAUAUCAGACUCAUUUAUAAAGUGCAUUCAGACCCUUUCCCUUUUUCCACAUUUUGUUACGUUACAGCCUAAAAUUGAUUAAAUAAAAAUGUUUCCACAUCAAUCUAUACACAAUUCCCCACAAUGACAAAGUGAAAACAGGUUUUUAGAAAUGUUUGCAAAUGAAUAUGUAUUCAGACCCUUUGCUAUGAGACAUGACAUUGAGCUCAGGUACAUCCUGUUUCCAUUGAUCAUCCUUGAGAUGUUUCUACAACUUGAUUGGAGUCUACCUGUGGUAAAUUCAAUUGAUUGGACAUGAUUUGAAAGGCACACACCUGUCUAUGUAAGGUCCCAUAGUUGACAGUGCAUGUCAGAGCAAAAACCAAGCCAUGAGGUCGAAAGAAUUGUCCGUAGAGCUCCGAGACAGGAUUGUGUCGAGGCACAGAUCUGGGGAAGGGUACCAAAAAAUGUCUGCAGCAUUGAAGGUCCCCAAGAACACAGUGGCCUCCAUCAUUCUUAAAUGGAAGAAGUUUGGAACCACCAAGACUCUUCCUAGAGCUGGCCGCCCGGCCAAACUGAGCAAUUGGGGGAGGUGACCAAGAACCCGAUGGUCACUCUGACAGAGCUCCAGAGUUCCUCUGUAGAGAUGGGAGAACCUUCCAGAAGGACAACCAUCUCUGCAGGACUCCACCAAUCAGGCCUUAAUGGUAGAGUGGCCAGACGGAAGCCACUCCUCAGUAAAAGGAACACAUGACAGCCUGCUUGGAGUUUGCCAAAAGGCACCUAAAUGACUCUCAGACCAUGAGAAACAAGAUUCUCUGGUCUGAUGAAACCAAGAUUUAACUAUUUGGCCUGAAUGCCAAGCAUCACGUCUGGAGGAAACCUGGCACCAUCCCUACGGUAAAGCAUGGUGGUGGCAGCAUCAUGCUGUGGAGACUAGUCAGGAUCGAGGAGAAAGAUGAACGGACCAAAAUACAGAAAGAUCCUUGAUGAAAAACUGCUUCCGGAGCGCUCAGGACCUCAGACUGGGGUGAAGGUUCACCUUCCAACAGGACAACAACCAUAAGCACACAGCCAAGACAACGCAGGAGUGACUUUAGGACAAGUCUCUGAAUGUCCUUGAAUGGCCCAACCAGAGCCUGGACUUGAACCCGAUCGAACAUCUCUGGAGAGACCUGAAAAUAGCUGUGCAGCGACGCUCCCCAUCCAACCUGACAGAGCUUGAGAGGAUCUGCAGAGAAGAAUGUGAGAAACUCCCCAAAUACAGGUGUGCCAAGCUUGUAGCGUCAUACCCAAGAAGACUUGAGGCUGUAAUCGCUGCCAAAGAUGCUUCAAGAAAGCGCUGAGUAUAGGAUCUGAAUACUUAUGUAAAUGUAAUAUUUCAGUAUUAUUUUUAUUUAUUUAUUUUAAGCUGUUUUUGCUUUGUCAUUAUGGGGUGUUGUGUGUAGAUUGAUGAGGGGAAAAAAACGAUUUAAUCAAUUUUAGAAUAAAGCUUUCCUGAACCCACUUAGAUCUGUUGACAUUAGUCCUCUACUCUCCAGAAAGUAAGUCAGUCUUUCCUGAACCCACUUUGAUCUGGUGACAUUAGUCCUCUACUCUCCAGAAAGUAAGUCAGUCUUUCCUGAACCCACUUUGAUCUGGUGACAUUAGUCUACUGCUCUCCAGAAAGUAAGUCAGUCUUUCUGUUAUCAUCCUUUCCAUAAGUUUACAUACGUGAGAUGUCAACGCUAUCGGCCAAUAGCUUGAAGGACUACUAGGGUCUUUCCCUGGUUUCCGUAUUGGCACCACUACCGCCUGCUUCAAACUUCCAGAAAAUGUCCCUUCCUGCCACACCUUAUUGUAAAGGCCCAAUACUUUUCUGACAUGUACUGUCAACUGUGGGACCUUACAUAGUGUGUGCCUUUCCAAAUCAUGUCCAGUAAAUUGAAUUUAACCCAGGUGGACUCCAAUCAAGUUGUAGAAACAUCUCAAGGAUGAUCAAUGGAAACAGGAUGCACCUGAGCUCAAUUUCGAGUCUCAUAGCAAAGGGGCUGAAUACUUAUGUAAAUAAGGUAUUUCUGUUUUUAUUUUUUAUACAUUUGCAAACAUUUCUAAAAACCUUUUUUCACUUUCUCGUUAUGGGGUAUUGUGUGAAAUGUUUUAAUUUAAUCCAUUUUAGAAUAAGGCUGGAAUGUAACAAAAUGUGCAAAAAGUCAACGGGUCUGAAUACUUUCCGAAGGCAUACAGUAUAUAUAUAUUGAAUUUUAUGUCCUUGUCUAUAACUGUUCUGAACUUUGUCAUGUAUUUGUAUGUUUUAUGUGGACCCCAGGAAGAGUAGCUGCUGCAUGUGCAGUAGCUAAUGGGGAUCCUAAUAAACUAAACUAAACUUCUAUGUCUCCACUCAUCCUCUCCACCCUCCACCCCUUCUAGGGUCUGAAUGCUUAUGUAAAUAAGGUUUUUUAUUUUUUAUUUUUAAUACAUUUGCAAUAUUUUCAAAAAACCUGUUUUCUCUUUGUCAUUAUGUGGUGUUGUGUGAGAUUGCUGAUAAUUAUUAUUAUUUUUAAUCCAUUUUUGAAUAAGGCUGUAACGUAACAAAAUGUGGAAAAAGUCAAGGGGUCUGAAUACUUUCCGAAUACAGUGUAUAUACUAGACAUUAGGAAUAUUUUGGGAACAAAAAAUAACAUUAUUAACCGGUUCUCAACAUUUGAAAAUAAUGGUUUUGUUCAAGGGGUCAAGGGGUCUGAAUACUUUCCAAAUGCACUGUAGGUACAUCUUGUUGACAAUAAUGAUCCGAGGUCUUCCAGAAAUCUGUUCAGGUUUCAGACAACUGAAUAAGUUGAUUCUUAUCUGAUGACACUCCCCAUUCAACACCUGCCAUACUACCAAAGCCUUCAUGCUUAACAACCACCGCUUUUGGUUCCUAUAAUACACUAUAUCUCACUGUAUUCACUCACUUUUGUCAUUUAACUGUUAAAUGCUAAGAAGGAGAGAAAGCUGUGUCAGUACAGCAACACUUCCUGCCGGACAGUACAGCAACACUUCCUGCCAGUCAGUAGAGCAACACUUCCUGCCAUUGCUGCCAGUCAGUACAGCAACACUUCCUGUCAGGCAGUGUAACAGUUCCCCUACGUCCCAAAUGACACCUAUUCCCCAUUUAGUGCACUACUUUUGACCAGGGCCCAUAGCGCUCUAGUCAAAAGUAGUGCACUAUGUAGGAAAUAGGGUACCAUUUGGGAUGCUUCAAUGUUCUUUAUUACAGAGGAGGAAUGUGCCGCUAAGGGCUUUCGCUCUGCCCGCCACUUGACGAUAUCCUGCAGAUAAAUGAAUCUUGUCAUGCCCUGCAUAUGAAUUACAGCUGAAAUGUUGCUCAGAAAGGCCUGGAUAUCUUGUAUGUCACACAUUGUCAGUCACCCACACCAUAUUGACUACAUCAUUAUGACUAACUUAACGCUUUGGAGUGUUCCAGUAACCUUUGCUGAUGUAAAUUGGAAUAAUCUAGCCCACCAAAUCGCUCAAGCAUUGUUACAUUAUCAGACAGAUACAGUUUUACUGUGUGUAUAUGAGAAUGUGUUAAUAGACAGACAAUGCACAGUGCAAACCUUAUGCUGCUCACUCAGUCAGUCAUUCAGUCAGUCAGUCAGUCAGUCAGUCAGUCAGUCAGUCAGUCAGUCAAUGCACAGUGCAAACCUUAUGCUACUCAGUCAGUCAAUGUUAUUCUAUUAAAUCACAGACAAACUACACUUGAUUGUAAUUGAAAUAUCAACAGACAGUCUAUGAAAUAUCAUAUAGACUAUUCUCUGUGUGAUUACUGAGUCGACUGCUGUUGAGGACGUAAUAACCGUCCUGUCUGUCAGUACAGCAUCAGUAUUGCAGCUGCCAGAUGCUCUUCUAUCUACACACUACACAGAAAGGCUCAUUCAAGAGGCGUUAUCUGAACUGAUCAUCUACUUCACUGAACACAAGUAGCCUCAUUAAAGCUCAGUAAAAGGUGUUCCUCCCAUCACUUGAUGCAGUGUUAUCUUCAGACACCAGAUAUGCUUUGAAUAACCUCAAGUCUUCUGAUCAGAUUAUGAUAUGGAUAGAUAGAGGGGUCUGACUAGGACACAGUCAGACCCCUCUACAAUAAGCUAAAGAUCAGAGAGUUCAAGACCAAUACAUCCACAAUAACAUACAGUGUACUAUGUAGAGGAAUGAAGCAAUGUAUUGGGCAUACAUAGUAAGUGGUGUGCUAGUGGGGAUAUGGGAACGUAGCCUAAGACUGGAGGGUCCAUUCAUGUAUUUUAAUGGUUCAUCCCUGCUGCUGGCGUGGCUAAUAAACUCUGAGACAUAGGUGGCAGGUAGCCUAGUGGUUAGAGCGUUGGGCCAGUAACCGAAAGGUUGCCAGUUGGAAUCCCUGAGCCGACAAGGUGAAAAAUCAGUCGGUCUGCCCUUGAGCAAGGCAGUUAACCCCCCACAACAACAGCUCCCUGGGCGCACAAUGUCGCAGUCUCCUGCACCUCUCUGAUUCAGAGGGGUUGGGUUAAAAGCGGAAGUCAAGUUUCGGUUGCACCUUGUCAAAUGUAUUUAUUUAUGGAGCUGACUGGUUGAGAGGGAGCCAAGGUUGAGAGGGAGAGAGAGAGCCCAGGUUGAGAGGGAGAGAAGGAAAGUGAUACUGACGGAGAGACGGAGAGGACUGGAUAGAUAUCACAGCAUUAUGGUAAUAGAUUAAUCUUGCCCUCCGAUUGGCUGGCUGGAAAUGUGGCCUUAAUACCUCUGUCUCCAAUACUCUCAGAUCUACAGGAGUGGCUAGGGAAUAGGGGUUAUGCCUGUAGGGGCUAAGGGUAGAGCCAUUUGGAAUUCAGCGCGAGAUGCGUAGCACAACUCAGAAGCUUUGAGACCAAAAUGGAGUUCAGUUCUAGAAUGCAGCAGAUGGAUGGAUAGAAGCCUUCUGUUCUGUAUGUUGUAUUAUUGAUGUUCAGAGACCAUUUGGUGGAGACCCUUAAUGAACACUCAGACAGGCCUUCAGUCUGUGGGCGGGCCACUUGAAUUGAUUCAAAAUGGCCUCUUUGGAAUUGGAACUGAAGAAGGCAGCCAUUCAAGUACUCUCCCUCCCUCUCCACAGACAGACGGGCGGGUGGCUCGGCGGAGAGACAAACAGUGAGACAGACAGAUAGUGAGAGAGACAAAGACAGGCGGACAGACAGUAAUGGAAUGUUCCUGGAUGUUCUGGAACGUGUUCUGGAAUCAUUCAGACCAGAUGGAGCCUGAUGGGCAGCAGGUGCCUGCCAGGAAUCACAUUUCCUCCCUAAUUGUGGGGUUCUAAUUGACGUCUGAUUUUCUACAGCCAUGGAGGAGAAAUAUAAUUAGAAAUCAGCAGCUCUGCAAACAGCCAUCAAACUCUAAUAGGCUCAGGGAGUGAUGAAGGUAUGAUACAUGAAUACUAGUGUGACUCUGAUUUGACUGUAAAUGUACCAUUCUAAAUGUUCCACCAUCAGGUUGACAAUGUGAAGAAAUAGACUCAUUGACAUUGUUCAUGCCACUCACAUGUAGUCAUACACAGACAUACGGUAUACCUAUACAAACAAAGGCCAUGCCAAAUGAAUCUGGCAGGUAAUAACCAAAUAUUGAAGAAUAAGCAGGCUUCUAUAGUAAGGGAUAACUGAAUGAUCCAGGGAUACAGAAGGAGCUUCAGAAGGAGCUCAAUGGGAGAGUUGGUAUUGGCUGCUGUCCACAAGGCGACAGAUUGGCUGCUCCUGAUUGGCUCGUCCUGCUCCACACACUGUGCAUCCCAAAUGGCACCCUCUACCCUAGAUAGUGCACUACUUUUGACCAGAGCCCUAUGGGAGCCCUAUGGACCCUGGUCAAAAGUAGUGCACUAGAAAGGGAAUAGGGUGUCAUUUGGAACGCAUACACAGUAACGUCCCCUUCCUUCCUGUAUUAAUGGACUCAUAAAAAAUUAAUGGAUGAAUUAGAGUAAGAGACACCACAGAGACCUAGUGAUGUUGGAUAUAGUAGAAUAGAGGAUCAGCUGCACAACACAUAGGGUCAUCAGGUUUAUCCUUAAAGAAACGGAAAUCCUCUGUGUUUUCUAGGUUAAUUUAGAAAUAUGUUGUCCAUCUUCUAAUGGAUAAUACAUUAUUCAGGACUAACUUGAAAAAGAAACCUGGUUCUCGAUGUGACUCUCCUGGGUAAAUAAAGGUUAAAUAAACUUCAGUGUACAGCAUAAAGACAAAAAGCCACUAAUGUGGUGCUAUGUGCUGCUCCAAACGCUGUGUUGGUAUAAAUCCAGAUACAGCCCUAUGACACUAGGAGCUUUGUCUUCCACUCCCUAGCUGAACAAGAGACCCAGCAGCAUCAGAUCACCAGUCUAUCAAACACCGGCCAUGAAAAGGGCUAUUGUUGUUAGUAAGCAGAUCUGCUAUAGAUAUACAGUAUAUAUGCUGUGUCCAAAUGGCAAACUAUUCCCUUUAUAGUGCACUACUUUUGUACCAUUUGGGACACAGACAUACCCUCCAUCAGGCUACAGUAACCCUACUGUCUUAUCUUGCAGUAUGCAUGAGUUACUUUCAUCUAAUGGCCAUAAACAUGUACAUUAAGCUGGUGCAUAAACAGUGUCUGUACUCUGUAGCUAGUGAAGGAGAAACUAUGGUUGCAUCCCAAAUGGUACCCUGUUCCCUAUAUAGUGCACUACUUUAGAUCAGAGCCCAUAGUAGUGCACUAUAAAGGGAAUAGGGUACCAUUUGGGACACGAACAGGGUCUGUGUAGCCAGUGAAGAGGAAACUAAAUCAUGACUCAAUAUGGUGUAGCACAGCUGUGGAAAGGGAAACAUUGACAUUUGUAACUAAGAACAACAGCAAUGCCUUGUCUGUCUACUGUACUGUCUCUUCACCUAGGCUGAAUCAUGUUGUUAAGGUUUCUGUCAGUCCCAAAUCAUCCUAUUCCCCAUGUAGUGCACAGUGUUGGGGAAGCUACUCUGAAAAUAGUUUACCAAGCUACCAAUUACUUCACACUGGAAGGAGUUAAGCUACACUAAAGCUACCCUUAAAAAUAUACAGUUUACUUAACUAAAGUUAUUUAGAAAAAGUAGUUCACUACAUCCAAGCUACUUUGUGAAAAAUGAUCAUAUGUAAAUCUGAAAUGUCAUAGACGGUCAAUUGCAAGAACAGAUCAGACUAGUCAGAUGUUAACAGAAUGUGUCUUUAUCCAUUUAUCCUACACAAAAAAACAGUGCUAUCUAGAACCUAAAAGGGUUCUUCAGCUGACCCCAUAGGAGAACCCUUUGAAUAACCUUUUUUGGUUCCAGGUAGAACCCUUUUGAGUUCCAUUUAGAACCAUUUUCACAGAGGGUUCUGAAUGGAACACAAAAAAGAUCUACCUGGAGCCAAAAAGGGUUCUCCUAUGGGGACAGCCGAAGAACCCGUUUGGAACCCUUUUUUCUAAGGGUGUAUUAAUUUUUUAAAAACUAUGUUUCAAGUGACUUGGGAAGGUCUGAUGCUGAAAAAUAAAUGAAAAUGAUUGUCUACUUCACCCAUAUUUUCUUUUAUUUUUCCAAAAAGAGUAGUGUGUACUUCCAGUAGUUAGCUAAACCGCUACGUGGUAAAACCGUAAUGAACUACUGAAAACACUACCAAGAUUUGAAUUUAGUUCACCUACCAACAAGCUUCUGCAAAAUGUAGUUUAGUUACUAGUUGAACUACAUGUAGUUCACUACUCCCCAACACUAGUAGUGCACUAAUUUCGACCAUGCCCAGUUCACUAUAUAGGGGAUAAGGUUCCAUUUGGGGCAUUUAAUCUACAUUUAGUAGUGUGUAGGGGCUGUACAUGCACAGAGGCAGUAAACCGCUACAGCCCUAUCUUACUGAAGCUUGUCUUGUUGAUGGUCCAGGAUGCACAGGGUUAUUCUGUUUUCAAUCCUGUCUCGGAGCUCUACAGACAAUUCCUUUGACCUCAUGGCUUGGUCUUUGCUCUAAGUCAGUCAUUCCUGAACCCACUUUCCUGAACCCACUUUGAUCUGGUGACAUUAGUCCUCUCCUUUCCAGAAAGUAAGUCAGUCUUUCCUGAACCCACUUUGAUCUGGUGACAUUAGUCCUCUACUUUCCAGAAAGUAAGUCUUUCCUGAACCCACUUUUAUCUGGUGACAUUAGUCCUCUACUUUCCAGAAAGUAAGUCUUUCCUGAACCCACUUUGAUCUGGUGACAUUAGUCCUCUACUUUCCAGAAAGUAAGUCAGCCUUUCCUGAACCCACUUUGAUCUGGUGACAUUUGUCCUCUACUUCCAGAAAGUAAGUCAGUCUUUCCUGAACCCACUUUGAUCUAGUGACAUUAGUCCUUUACUCUCCAGAAAGUAAGUCAGCCUUUCCUGAACCCACUUUGAUCUGGUGUCAUUAGUCCUCUACUCUCCAGAAAGUAAGUCAGCCUUUCCUGAACCCACUUUGAUCUGGUGACAUUUGUCCUCUACUCUCCAGAAAGUAAGUCAGUCUUUCCUGAACCCACUUUCAUCUGGUGACAUUAGUCCUUUACUCUCCAGAAAGUAAGUCAGUCUUUCCUGAACCCACUUUGAUCUGGUGACAUUAGUCCUCUACUUUCCAGAAAGUAAGUCAGUCUUUCCUGAACCCACUUUGAUCUGGUGACAUUAGUCCACUACUCUCCAGAAAGUAAGUCAGUCUUUCUGUUAUCAUCCUUUCCAUAAGUUUACAUACGUGAGAUGUCAACGCUAUCGGCCUAUAGCUUGAAGGACUACUAGGGUCUUUCCCAGGUUUCCGUAUUGCCACCACUACCGCCUGCUUCCAACUUCCAGAAAAUGUCCCUUCCUGCCACACCUUAUUGUAAAGGCCCAAUACUUUUCUGACAUGUACUGUCAACUGUGGGACCUUACAUAGUGUGUGCCUUUCCAAAUCAUGUCCAGUUAAUUGAAUUUAACCCAGGUGGACUCCAAUCAAGUUUUAGAAACAUCUCAAGGAUGAUCAAUGGAAACAGGAUGCACCUGAGCUCAAUUUCGAGUCUCAUAGCAAAGGGGCUGAAUACUUAUGUAAAUAAGGUAUUUCUGUUUAUAUUUUUUAUACAUUUGCAAACAUUUCUAAAAACCUUUUUUCACUUUCUCGUUAUGGGGUAUUGUGUGAAAUGUUUUAUUUAAAUCCAUUUUAGAAUAAGGCUGGAAUGUAACAAAAUGUGCAAAAAGUCAACGGGUCUGAAUACUUUCCGAAGGCAUACAGUAUAUAUAUAUUGAAUUUUAUGUCCUUGUCUAUAACUGUUCUGAACUUUGUCAUGUAUUUGUAUGUUUUAUGUGGACCCCAGGAAGAGUAGCUGCUGCAUGUGCAGUAGCUAAUGGGGAUCCUAAUAAACUAAUCUAAACUUCUAUGUCUCCACUCAUCCUCUCCACCUCUCCACCCCUUCUAGGGUCUGAAUGCUUAUGUAAAUAAGGUUUUUUAUUUUUAAUACAUUUGCAAUAUUUUCAAAAAACCUGUUUUCGCUUUGUCAUUAUGGGGUGUUGUGUGAGAUUGCUGAUAAUUAUUAUUAUUUUUAAUCCAUUUUAGAAUAAGGCUGUAACGUAACAAAAUGUGGAAAAAGUCAAGGGGUCUGAAUACUUUCCGAAGGCACUCUAUAUCGCUUGGUUGUCUCUGUAUUUUUAAAUGACAAUUGAUCUGUUAUUUUCCAAAAUGUACUAAUACAAACAUUAGACCUAGAACAAGGAUCUUGGUACUGAAAGGGUUAAGGAGUUCUGCCCUGACUGAGAGAGCGGGAGAGGAGAGGGAAGGAGAGAAUGCCUGUCUGCCGGCAUACGCUCGCUGACACCUGGUGCUUUCAUUCCUUGCUGCCUGCUCACACAGUGGAGCGUUCUCUCUCUGUCUGGGCCACGCUUUACCUUUUAUCUCUCACCCUCUCUCUUUCCCUCUUUUCUCUCCCUCUCUCACCCCUCUCUUUUCUCUACCUCUCUCUCACCCCUCUCCUUUCUCUACCUCUCUCUCACCCCUCUCUUUUCUCUCCCUCUCUCUCACCCCUCUCUUUUCCCUCCCUCUCUCUCACCCCUCUCUUUUCCCUCCCUCUCUCUCACCCCUCUCUUUUCCCCUACCUCUCUCACCCCUCUCUUUUCCCUCCCUCGUCUCUCACCCCCUCUCUUUUCCCUCCCUCUCUCUCACCCCUCUCUUUUCCCUACCUCUCUCACCCCUCUUUUUUCUCUCCAUCUCUCUCACCCCUCUUUUUUCUUUAGCUCUUCAGCAUUCCUUCUUCCUCCCUCUUCCUCUCUCUUUCCUUUAUUUUGGAUCUUUCUUACAAUGGUGCAGGAUUAUUUAAUUUCCUGGGAAGCUGAGACAUUGGACUGACAAAGGUGAGCUGGAUACAGGGAACUCUGAGAGUCUGGACUGAAGGGCCAGUGUGGAGAAUAGGGUUUUAUUAACCUCUCAUUGUUUGGAUACAUUUAUAUUAAUGAAAACAGUGUAUCAAGUAGUCUGUUUUUCCACUGUUUUGGACCUGUGUUAGCAGCAGAUGUCUGUUUCCUUCCGUUCUCUGUUGCUGUGGCUCUGUGGUUGUUCCUGCGGUGUCACCUUGGCCCAGGUAUGGGGCCUUCACACCAAUCAGGUUCUGCGUCACAACACUAUACACCUCUUAGCAGGUGUGUGUGUCUGGUGGGUCCUCUCAGCUCUGUUCUUGCGUAAUGUUUGACCACUGGUUUUCUUCAUAAUAACAUGCUAUCAUUGUGAUUUGGGAGAUCCAUCAUUGAGCAGCACCCACACUGCUCCUCCAGCAUCUAGCGUUUCUCUCUCUCUCUCGCUCUCUCUCUCUCUCUCUCUCUCUCUCUCUCUCUCUCUCUCUCUCCUCUCCUCCUCAUCUCGUCCUUGUCUCUCUCUCUCUCUCUCUCUCUCCCACCCCCCCUCUCCCACCCCCCCCCUCUCUCUCCACCUCCCUCCUCUCUUCCUCAACUCUCUCUCUCACCCCCUCCUCCUCUCAACCACCCACCCUCUCCUCUCUCCCAUUUCCAUUCUUUCCCAUUGAUCCAUUUCUCACCCCUCCAGCCUCUCACCCACUCACUCAGCUCACCCUGGGAUAUUUUUAGAGAGAGGCUGAGAGAGGAGACAGGGACAGGGACAGGGUGAGAGAGGCGAGGUAGAGAGGCUGAGUGAGGAGACAGGGAGAGAGAGGAGAGGUAGAGAGGCUGAGAGAGGAGACAGGGAGAGAGAGGAGAGGUAGAGAGGCUGAGAGAGGAGACAGGGACAGGGAGAGAGAGGAGAGGUAGAGAGGCUGAGAGAGGAGACAGGGACAGGGAGAGAGGCUGAGAGGAAGAGGUAACAGGAGAGCAGGGAGCUUAAUGUUCUAGCCUCAGGUGGGCUAAUGACGGUCUUCGUAACUCCAUCUGUCCUCCCCUCCUCCCCGUCAUCCCCCCCCCAUCCUCUUCAUCUACCUCUUCUCCACACCCCACCCCACCCCACCCUCCAGACUGUUAAAGCCUGCCAGGUCUAGACAAGCAUUUGAUUGUGAGCACUGAGCAAUUGAAAAUACGGUCCCUUUAAAUGUUGAUGCUAUGAGACUUUGCCCCACAUCGUCUCUCCCCCACGUCUGCAGUAGCAGUAGAAUCCUGUUGUUUUAGUCAGUCGAGGAACUCUUUCAUUGUGCCUCUUGAUGUGGAUGAGCUCAUUGGCUGUGGAGCGCUGUGAGGUUUCAAUAGGAGGAAGUGCCCUUGCUGUGUGUAAAUGUACAGACUUAGGUAUAGUAUUAUAUUGAAAGCUAAUGGUAGCAUAGUGUGUAAAUAGGUAGCUGCAAAAAUACUGAAUACAUGGGCAUCAGACUUGUUCAUUAUUUCACCUUACAACUUAAUGGGGUCACAGGAAACACAAAUUAACACAGUGAUUAUAAAGUGUUUGUAUAUUAUUAACUAAAUGUGUGUGUUCAUGUGCUUGUGUGUAUGCUAGUAAUGGAAAACUAAUUUAUACAGUAAUUUUGGCUAUUAACAACAGCCAAAUACUGUGAAAGCAUUAUACCUCAGAAUACUGUAAAUUAUGGUACAUUGUGGGAAAAUGUUCUGGGCGGGGAAAUAAUAAUAUGCCAUUUAGCAGACGCUUUUAUCCAAAGCGACUUACAGUCAUGCGUGCAUAAAUGUUUGUGUAUGGGUGGUCCCGGGGAUCGAACCCACUACCUUGGCGUUACAAGCGCCGUGCUCUACCAGCUGAGCUACAGAGCUACAGAGGACCAUUGCUGUAUUUCAAAUGGUACUGUAAUUCCACCCAACAUAAUGCAGUACCAUACUGUAUUUUUGGAGUGCCAAAACCUUUUGACCACUAGUGGGUGCAUGGUAUUUUUGUUUCUGGCUCAUUAACAUAUUUUGAGGUGUGCCUUGUGAGAGGCUAUAGUUGUUGCUCCUGUUAGAUUGAGUGCUGUACCAAUUUAAAGGGGCAGUACUGUCAAAAACGUGGUUUUCCUUUUUUGGGGAUUAUAUUUCCAAACUAUGAGGUCGAAAUAACACAUAAUGCCCUUUUUUGUGUAAAAGCUGUUUGAAAAAAAUACCUUGAAUUUCAGCCUGUUCAGGUGGGAUGGAGUUUUUGGCCCAGAUCAUGACAUCGCAAUAUAAUCUGAUUAUUCUGACAAAUGACCAGUCAUCUUUUAUUUGCAUUUAUAAACUGGGUGGAUUGGCUGAAAGGCGGGGUAUAUCAGACCAUAUACCACGAGUAUGACAAAACAUUUAUUUUUAGUGUUCUAAUUAUGUUGGUAACCAGUUUAUAAUAGCAAUAAGGCACCUCGGGGGUUUGUGAUAUAUGGCCAAUAUACCACGGCUAAGGGCUGUGUCCAGGCGUUGCGUCGUGCAUAAGAACAGCCCUUAACCGUGGUAUAUUGGCCAUAUACCACACCCCCUUGUUCCUUAUUGCUUAAAUAUAUCCUCCUACUUUGAAGUGGUAAGCUGGGUAGGAGUCUAGACGAUCAUAUCCGCCAAGCAGGGCUGUGUAUGUAAAUAUAUUAACAUUUGUAUCAACACGCCCACACGAUCCGACUGAGCAUUUCAUUGGCAAAAAGAGGCUCUGGGAAAUAAAUUAUAAUACAUUAAAAGACUGUAUGGGGGCUUUAACUCAUAUGUUUAACAAUUUAAAAUGUAUAGGGGACCGGUUGGAGUGGCUGCAAGUCUUAAACCUUUAAUGGUUGAGUAUUUAGCUAUGUCCUAUUGGUCUAUGUUGCCCUGUUGUCGCUGCCAGUCUGGAAACCUUUGUUAAGGUAAAAUGGAAAUGGAAAUUAAGGCCUCUAGAAAGGCAAGUGAUAUAAAACACAAAAUAUUCAUUGAUCUACUGUAAUGUGUAAACACAUGACCUAGCAGCCAACCUGCUUGCACCAAUCCCAUUUAAUUAUGGUAAAAUACUGUGAAAUUUCCCCCCAAUUAAUUUAAUUAAUUCAGUCAUUACGAUAAUGGUAGCAUUUACUUUUUUACAGUAUAAUACAGUAAAUGUUUCAGUAUUGUGUGUCAUGACACAGUAUUUGCUUUGAUACUGUAUUAGUAUUACAGUAGUUGUACUGCAAUAUGAAAUACAUUAACUUACUUACCACUUUGCUGUCCUCCCUCCCUCCCUCCCUCCCUGCCUAGCCCUGUCCCUCCUCCCUCCCCCCCUCCUCCCGUCCCCCUCCCUCCCUGCCUAGCCCUGUCCCCUCCCUGCCCUAGCCCUGUCCCAUCCCCCUCCCCCGUCCCUCCCUACCCUGCCUAAGACCCUGUCCUCCCUCCCUCCUGCCCUCCCUGCCCUCCUCCCCCCUCCCUCCCUGCCUAGCCCUGUCCUCCCUCCCUCCCUGCCCUCCCUCCCUCCCUCCCUCCCUCCCUUCCCGCUAGCCCUUCCUCUCCCCCCUCCCUCCCUCCCUCCCUAGCCCUGUCCUCCCUCCCUCCUCCCUCCUCCCUCCCUCCCUCCCUGCCCGUCCCCUCCCUCCAUGUCCCUCCCUCCCUCCCUCCCCUCCCUCCCCCUACCCUGUCCUCCCUCCAUCCAUGUCCUCCCUCCCCCCUCCCUCCCUCCUCCCUCCCUCCCUCCCCCCUCCCUCCCUCCCUCCCUCCUCCCUCCCUACCCUUCCUCCCUCCCUCCCUGCCCUCCCUCCCUCCCUCCUCCUCCCUGCCCCUCCCUCCCUGUCCUUCCUCCUCCGCUCCUCCCUACCCGUCCUCCCUCCUAGCCCUGCCCUCUCCCUCCCCCUCCCUCGCCUCCCUCCCCCUGUCCUCCCUCCCCUCCGCCUCCUCCCUUCCCUCCGCUCCCUCCCAUUUUAUGUUUAUGAUGUGAACCCCAGGAUAGUAGCUGCUGCAAUGUGCAGUAUCUAUGGGGAUCCUAAUAAACUAAUCUAACACUUCUAUGUCUCCUCCACUCUCCUCUCCCCCUCUCACCCCCUUCUAGGUUCUGAAUGCUUAUGUAACAUAAGGUUUUUAUUUUAAUACAUUUUUGCAAAUAUUUUCAAAAAACCUGUUUUUCGCUUUGUCAUUUGGGGUGUUGUGUGAAGAUUGCUGAUAAUUAUUAUUAUUUUUAAUCCUUUAGAGAAGGCUGUAACGUUAACAAAAUGUUGAAAAAGUCCAGAGGGGUCUGAAUACCUUUCCGAAGGCACUCUAUAUCGCUUGGUUGUCUCUGUAGUUUUAUGACAAUUGAUCUGUUAUUUCCAAAAUUAACUAAUACAAACAAGACUAGACAAGGAUCUGGUACUGAAAGGGUUACGGAAUUCUGCCCUGACUGAGAGAGCGGGAGAGGAGAGGCAAUGAGAGAAUGCCUGUCUGGCCCCGGCAUACGCCUCGCUGACACCUGGUGCUUCAUUCCUUGCUGCCUGCUCAAACAGUGGAGUCGUUCUCCUCCUCUGUCUGGGCCACCGCUUUACCUUUUAUCUCUCACCCUCUCUCUUUCCUCUUUCUCUCCCUCUCUCACCCUCUCUUUUCUCUACCUCUCUUCACACCCCUCUUCCUUUCUUCUACUCUCAUCUCACCCCUCUCUUUUCUCUCCACUCUCCUCUUCACCCCUCGUCUUUUCCCUCCCUCUCUCUCAACCCCUCUCUUUCCCUCCUCUCUCUCACCCCUCCUCUUUUCCUACCGUCUCUCACACCCUCUCUUUUCCCUCCCUCUCUCUCACCUCUCUUUCUUUUCCCUCCCCUCUCUCUCUCUCACCCCUCUCUUUUCCUAACUCUCUCACCCCUCUUUUUUCUCUCCAUCUCUCUCACCAUCUGUUUUUCUUUAUCUCUUCAGCAAUUCCUUCUUCCCUCCCUCUUCCUCUCUCUUUCUUUAUUUUUGGAUCUUUCUUACAAUGGUGCAGGAUUAUUUAAAUUUCCUGUGAGCUGAGACAUUGGACUGACAAAGUGAGCUGGAUACAGGGAACUCUGAGAGUCUGGACUGAAGGGCCAUUGUGGAGAAUAGGGUUUUAUUAACCUCUCAUUGUUUGGAUCCAUUAUAUUAGAAAACGUGUCUCAGUAGUCUGUUUUUUUUUCCACUGUUUUGGACCUGUGUUAGCCGCCGAUGUCUGUUUCCUUCCUUCUCUGUUGCUGUGGCUUCGUGGUUGUUUCCUGCGGUGUCACCUUGGCCCCGGUAUGGGGCCUUCACUACCAAUCAGUUUUUCUGCGUCACAACACUAUACACCUCUUAGCAUGUGUAUUGUGUCGGUGGGUCCUCUCAGGCUCUGUUCGUGCGUAAUGUUUGACCACGUGGUUUUCUUCAUAAUAACCUGCUCAUUGUGAUUUGGGAAGGGGGAUCCAUAUCAUUGAGUCAGACCACCCACCCCUGCUCCUCCAGCAUCUAAGCGUUUCUUCUCUCUCUCUCUCCUUCUCGCUCUCUCUCUCUCUCUCUCUCUCUCUCCUCUCACUCUCCACUCUCUCUCUCUCUCUCUCUUCUCAGCUCUCCCGCGACUCUCGCUCUCUCUCUCUCCUCUCUCCUCUCUCUCUGCAGUCUCUCGCUCUCUCUCUCCUUUCUCCCCACCCCCUCUCCCCCCCCCCCUCCUCUCUCACCCUCUCACGGCUCUCAUCACCUCCUGUCUCUCACCCCCUCUCGACCUUCUCUCCUCUCUCAACCCCCUCUCUUCUCUCUCUCUCCUCCCCCAUUUCCAUUUCUCCACCCUCCUCCUCACCCACGCACUCAGCUCACCCGGGUAUAAUUUUUAAGAGAGAGGCUGAGAGGGAGACAGGGACGGACAGUGAAGAGAGCGAUGGUAAGAGUGGCUGAGUGAGGAGACAGGGAAGAGAGGAGAGGUAGAGAGGCUGAGAGAGGAGACAGGAGAGAGAUGAGAGGUAGAGAGGCUUAGAGAGGAGACAGGGACAGGGAGGUAUAGGAGAGGUUAGAGAGGCUGAGAGAGGAGACAGGGACAGGGAGAGAGCUUAGAGGAAGAGGUAACAGAGAGCAGGGAGCUUAAUGUUCUAGUCCUCAGUGGGCUAAUGACGGUCUUCGAUGGCCGCUCGCUGGGCAUCUGUCCUCCCUCCUCCCCGUCAUCUCCCCCCCCCAUCCUCUUCAUCUACCUCUUCUUCUCCCACACCCCACCCCACCCCACCCUCUCAGCUGUUUAAAGCCUGCCAGGUCUAGACAAGCAUUUGAUUGUGAGCAUGAGCAUUGAAAAAACGGCUCCCUUGAAAUGUUGAUGCUAUGAGACUUUGCCCGCACGACAAUCGUCCUCUCCCCCACGUCUGCAGUAUCGUAGAAUCCUGUUGUUAUUUAGUCAGUCGAGGAACUCUUUUCAGUUGUGCCUCUUGAUGUGGAAUGAAUCUCUAUUGGCUGUGAGCGCUGGUGAGGUUUCAUAGUAGUAAGUGCCCUGCUGUGUUUAAUGUACAGACUUCGGUAUAGUAGUAUAUUGAAAGCUUAAUGGUAGCAUAGUGUGUAAAAUAGGUAGCUGCAAAAAAUACUGAAUACAUGGGCAUCAGACUUGUCAUAUGUCACCUUAACACUUAUCGGGGUCACACGGAAACACAAAUUAACACGUGAUUAUAAAGUUGUUGUAUAUUAUUACUAAAUGUGUUUGUUCAUGUGCUUGUGUGUUGCUAGUAAUGGAAAACUAAUUUAUACAGUAAUUUUGGCUAUUAACAACAGGCCCAAAUACUGUGAAAGCAUUAUCCCUCAGAAUACUGUAAUAUUUACAUUGUGGGAAAAUGUUUUCUGGGCGGGGCAAUAUAUAUGCCAUUUUAGCAGACGCUUUUAUCCAAGCUGACUUACAGUCAGGCGUGCAUAAUGUUUGUGUAUGGGUGUUCGCCGGGGAUCGAACCCACUACCUUGGCGUUACAAGCGCCGUGCUCUACCAGCUGAGCUACAGAUCUACAGAGGACCAUUUGCUGUAUUUCAAAAUGGUAAUGUAAUUCCCCAACAUAAUUCAGGACCAUACUGUAUUUUUGGAGUGCCAAACCUUUUGACCCUAGUGGGUGCACUGGGUAUUUUUUGUUUCUGCUCCUUAACAUAUUUUGAGGUGUGCCCUUGUGAAGCCUCUAGUUGUUUGCUCCUGUAGAUUGAGUGCUGUAACCAAUUUAAAGGCAGUACUGUCAAAAACGUGGUUCCUUUGUGGGAUAAAUUUCCAAAACUAUGAGGUCUAAAUAACACUAAAUGCCCUUUUUUGUGUAAAAGCUGUUUGAAAAAAAUACCUUGAAUUGUCAGCCUGUUCAGGUGGGAUGGAUUUUUUGGCCCAGAUCAUACAUCGCAAUCUAAUCUGAUUAUUCUGACAAUGACCAUUCAUCUUUUAUUUGCAUUUAUAAACUGGGUUGAAUUGGCUGAAAGGCGGGGUAAUAUCAGACCAUAUACCACGAGUAAUGACAAACUAUUUAUUUUUAGGGUUCUAAUUAUGUUUGGUAACCAGUUUAUAAUACAUAAGGCACCUCGGGGGUUUGUGAUAUCUGGCCAAUAUACCACGUCUACGGGCUGUGCCAGCGUUGCGUCGUGCAUAAGAACCGCCCUUAACCGUGGUAUAUUGGCCAUAUACCAGACCCCCUUGUUCCUUAUUGCGUUAAAUAUAUCCUCCUACUUUGAAGUGGUAAGCUGGGAGGAGUCUAGACGAUCAUAUCCGCCAAGCAGGCUGUGUAUGAAAUUAUUAACAUUUGUUCAACACGCCCACAACGAUCCGACUUAGCCAUUUCAAUUUGGCAAAAAGAGCUCUGGAAAUAAUUAUAAUACAUUAAAAGACUGUAUGGGGGGCUUUAACCUCAUAUGUUUUAACAUUUAAAAUGUCUAGGGACCGGUUUUGGAGUGGCUGCAAGUCUUACUAAACCUUUUAUGGUGUUGCGUAUGUAGCUAUGUCCUAUUGGGUCUAAUGUUUUGCCCCUGUUGUCCGCUGCCAGUCUGGAAACCUUGUGUUAGGUAAAUGGAAAUGAAAUUAAUGGCCGCUAGAAAGGCAAGUGAUAUCACACACAAAAUAUUCAUUGAUCUACUGUAAUGUUGUACACACAUGAACCUAGCAGCCAACCUGCUUGCACACCAAUCCAUUAAUUAGGUAAAAUACUGUGAAUUUCCCCCCAAUUAUUUAAUUAAUUCAGUCUUUACGAUAAUGUAGCAUUUACUUUUUUAUACAGUAUAAUACAGUAACUGUUUCAGUAUUGUGUGUCAUGACACAGUAUUUGCUUUGAUCUGUAUUAGUAUUACAGUAGUGUACUGCAAUAUGAAAUCAAUUAACUUACUUACCCUUUGCUGUCCUCCCUCCCUCCUCGCCGUCCCUGCCUAGCCCGUCCUCCCUCCUCCCUCCUCCCUCCCUCCCUCCCCUCCCUCCCUCCCUGCCUACCACUGUUCCUCCCUCCGUCCCUCCUCCUCCCUCCCUCCCGCCUCUCCUCCCUCCGCCCGCCUACCCUGUCCUCCCCUCCCUCCCUGCCCUCUCCCUUCCCUCCCUCCACCCCCCUCCCUCCCGGCCUAGCCCUUUCCUCUCCUCCCCUCCCCUCCCUCCUCCCCUAGCCCUGUCCUCCCUCCCCCUCCAAUGUCCUCCCUCCCUCCCCUCCCUAGCCCUGUCCCCCUCCUCCAUGUCCCGCCCUCCCUCCCUCCCCUCCCCUCCCUAUCCCUGUCCUCCCUCCAUCCAUUUCCCUCCCUCCCUCCCCUCGCCAUCCCUCCCUCCCUCCCUCACCUCCCUCCGCUCCCUCCCUCCCUCCCUCCGUCCCUCCUCCCUAGCCCUGUCCUCCCUCCCUCCCUGCCCUCCCUCCCCUCCCUCACUUCCGUCCCUUGCCCUCCCUGCCCUGCUACCCUGUCCUCCCUCCCUCCCUCCCUCCCUCCCUCCCUAG